AUGGGGAGAGAAAAACGAAACCUGCCCGCGGCUGUGGCAGGUGGCCCAAAAGAGAGGCAUAGACGAGCCCAAAGAUCUCAGUUUGAUCACGCAGCGCCUGUACCCCCAGGCUUUGUUGCCAAACCGGCUCUGCCAAAAACAACCAAGCACCACUCGUACUUCGAGUUUGUUGAAAACAAGGACAAGAAGAAGAAGCUUGAAUUUCAGAUUACCACAAAGAAAACACCCCCUCCUGGUUUUGAGUUUGUUCCUGCCGGCAAUCCUGAACUAACGUCAGCAUGCAAAGAACUAUCUCGCGAGAAAGAUGCCAUGAUCUUCAUCGUUUCGAACGCAAAGGAUAACUCCGCUUCGAACGUUCUGUCCCACCAAGUUCAUCGCAUUGGGCAUCAUGUCCGAGAAACCAUUGUCGACGAAGCGCGUGCCAGUUUGGGACAGUCGAUAGAAGACAUGUUGCCCGCCGCCCGCGGUGCCCCUGAACCCAUUCCCGCGUCUCAAGCGGAAUAUGAUGCGCAGGUUGACGCCGCUCUACGCGACUUAUUUCCGAGAAUCCCAAACACCGACCGCCAGAUGAUUAUUGAGCAUGCUUUCAGACGGGAUCCCACGAACAAAAACGAAAAAGAGAAAGUAGGCUUUUCGGAUGAUAUCACGCUGGCCCGACGAGUUCAACUGGCAGUGCUUGCUCACAUUCGUCAUACUCACACGAGGUAUGAUACCCUACUAAGAGAGACUAGCUGGCAGAAUGCUCGCAAAGUCGUCGAGAACUUAUGCCUGGAUACCCUCGUCAAGUGGCGAGGAGAUGAAGAGAGUGGUCGAGAUCAGCUGGACGAGAUUUUGCGGGAAGUCGUUGUGAUAUCUGAUUCCGAGGGUGAAGAAUCAGGCAAUGAGUCCGACUCGUCCAUCGAAGAGGUUUUUUACCAACCUACAAAUCUCGUCCCCAACAGACCUGUGCAACACAUUUCAGGCCAGGCCGGUCUUGUUCAUCGCCAAUCUCCCAGGCUCAACCUCGGCGCAAAAGGACCGGUCACCCCUAAGCCGAAAGCAAAGGUGAAGAAAGCCAAGCGUAAGACUUCGGCCGAGAAGAAAGGUCAACGUGGUUUCAAGAGAUAUCAAGCAUGGCAAGAUGCCAUUGAUCGAAACCGCAAUGUUCCGGAUUCUGCUCCAGAAUCACCUCAAGUGCCUAUCCCCCAACGCACACAAGGUCCACCACCUCCUGCUCUGGUUCCUAUGGAUGACCCAUUACCACCUGCUUCCCAGCUGAGGCUUGUGUCGGGCGCUGGGCCUGCCCCUUAUGAGAAUGGCUAUGUUGGCAAGCCCCAGUAUCCUGCAAAUAGCCAUUUUAUGAGCUCUGGUCCACAAGUUGCCCGUAAGGUAAAAUCUCCAUUUUAUGAGCCUCCGUCUAUCACACGCCCGCUCGUGUCCACGGCGGCAGCCCGGUUGCAAGAUAUGCUGGUGCAAUCCAUUGAACCAGUAUCUCCUAACACUAUGAAACCAUCAUUUGUGCGUGCAGUACCACCCCGAGGACAAGGUUUCAGGAACGAGCUGCCUCAGAGCUCUAGUAUUCAGCGUCCGGCCAUUUUAACCUCUCCAUCACAGCGUAUGGAAAUGAGAGAUGAGCCUAUGCAAGUCCCGCGUCCUGGGCCAAGUGAACGCUUAGCCUAUGGAGAAAGGCCGUUUGAAUUUCCUGUACGGGCCCCUUCUCCUCAACCUGGAGUUGGUAUUCCCAGUGCGUCCUCGCAUCGUUAUGAUACAAGGUCUCGUGGAGUGCAGAAUCCUGCAAGGAUUCUAGUAAGUCGUCGACCAUAUGAUGAGGUGCAAAGGUUUGGCGACCGUGAUACCCCCAUUGUAAUGGAAGAUCGGGGUGGGUUCUACGAGCGAGUUCCAGUGCGCUCUACUGGGGACAUCGUGGUGCCAGCCCGUGAUGAAAGAGUUCCAGAGUAUAGGAGGGGUAUCCCUGAAGUACCUAUGGUCCCAGACGACCGUCGGGUUAUGUGGCAAGACGAACCCCGACUAUUGCGGGCCGGCCGGAACAACGCAGAUGUUGGCAUAAUUCCGAUCGGCCAUGCACCUUUGGAAAGCCAACAACGCCCUGUCGUGACGGAACAUCGGGCUAUACCGUACCCCGUAUCGGCAACAAGAGCUCAAAGUGACAUAAGAUCAUACUUUGAGCCUGGGCCGCGUCUCGUUCGCUACGAUCCACCUGGACCAGAGCCUCGUGUGAUUAUAAGUGACCCUAUGGCACCACGAUAUGAAACAAUACGGGAGAUUCGUCACGGAGGACAAGUACCCGAAAGCUUCCAGCAGUGGGAGCCAGUCCACAGAUACUAUCGGGAUGGGCCUCCUAUCACAGAAGACCGCAGGCAGCCUCCGCCCUUACAGCCAAGUCGGCCGGAGGAUGUUGUUGUUCUUGAGUAA